UUGGUUUUAGGUUAGUUAUUUGGGGUCAGUUUCCAGGUUGGUUUGGAGUUUUUUUAACAUUGGUUUUAGGUUAGUUAUCUGGGGCUAUGGGGGACCAGAUGUCUCGAUUUUAUAAGGACCGUGCUGAUAUUCAGGGCUUUGUCUAAUAUCCCCACCUAUUACUUUCCACCCCUGUCCCGGUUUGUCACACUUGCUAGUUGGGGUUGGUUGACGGCUUGGGUUUUUGGACAUUUAGUGCAAUUACUUGGGCUGAAACUGGGAUGCCCGGGCCGCGGGCAGGUCACACUGGCUCUGGGCCCUGGUACUUUCAAAGAAGUGACGCGCGCGAGUGCGUUUCGCUGCAACCAAUGGGACAAAUCCAAGCGGGUGCAGAAAUCCGUGCCAGGCUCGGGGCCUUGAGGGUUUGCGUGAGCCUUAGCAUAAGGGUUCCCAGAACUGGGCUCAGAUUUCAUGUAGCACGAUGCAGACCAGGCCCCUCGUUACUUUAAUAGGUUCAGAUUUUUUAUAAGAGCUUGGUUUAAAAAAAAAUCUCGGCUGGAUUUCUUGUUUUUUAGGCCCAACAAGAAGAGUUCCUGUUUCCCCGGGAGCUGGAGGUUUGUUCCAGCCUCGGGGUUUCCUGGAGGAAGUUGGAGCAGGGAGUGAAUUUGGCGCAGCCUUAAAAUAUGAUCCCGCGGGAGGGACCCCGGUGACCAGGACGACUCAGCAGGGAGUGGGGGGAGGAGAAUCCGGCCUGGGCAGCGCGAUGGUCCCGCUGUGCUGGCCCUGCCUGCACUGCUGCCCGUACCCCCCGGCAGCCAUGAGCGGGCCCCCCGCCCCGCAGCCCCCCGCCCUCUCCUACCACUACCGCAGCUUCUGCGGGGACUUCGAGCGGGUGGAGACGGCGCUGGAGCGGCUGGAGGCCAGCGGCUUCUACUGGGGCAGCCUGUCGGGGGCGGAGGCCAAGCGGCUGCUGAGCCCCCACCCGCCGGGGGCUUUCCUCGUCCGCGACUCCUCCGACCACCGGCACCUCUUCACCCUCAGCCUCCGCACCGGGGCCGGCAUCACCAACUUGCGCAUCCAGCAGCAGGGAGCCGCCUUCCACCUGGAGACCCAGCCGGGGGCCCCCUGCCCGCCCGCCUUCGCCUGCGUGGUGCAGCUGGUGGAGCACUACCUGGGGCGGGCCGGGCACCCGGGGGCCCCCUGCUACGUGGAGGCCCAGGGCAGCCGCCCCGAGCCCCUGGCGCUCGCCCGCCCGCUGCGCUGCAAGGUGGCCUCGCUGCAGGAGCUGUGCCGGCGGGCCGUGCGGGCCAGCGUCCGGGCAGGGACCGGGGGGCCCGAUCUGGAGGGGCUGCCCGUGCCCCGGGCCCUACGCAACUCCCUGCGCUGCUAAGGGGGCCUUGCCCAGGCCCUACAGAACUGUCUGCACAGAUGGAGGGGAGAGGAGUGAGGGGGGACCCCUGGCCUGCGCUCAGUAUCCCCCCAAUGCUCAUGCGAGGCAGUUGGGGUACAGGGAGCCCCCCCCCGUAACUCAGGCCUUCUCAGUACAGCUGGGGGAGGGGAGGAAACCGGAGAGUGGGACCCCCUCUAGGACACCCCAGGGUUUUCCAGCACAGUGGGAGGAAGACCGGGGAAGGGGUCUGUACCCCACAACCUAUGGAAAACCCAGCACCGCAGGGCGGGGAGAGAUGGGGGGGAGCAGAUUGGCACCAACCCCAUGGC